AUGGAUUCAAGCUAUUCGUUAACUUCCAGCAAGGAAGAAUCUUUGCCCCUUAGUGACCUUGCCAACAAGGCUGUCGAUGCUGCAGGGGAAAUUGUUAUGAGGCACUAUUUGGCUCGGGGCAAUGUCUUCAAGUUUUCCAAUGCUAAUGUUCCAUCAUGGACAAACAUUGCCGCUGAAGCAGAGGAGGCGAUGAUCUCACUAAUCCUGAAAGAUUUACCUUGCCACGCUGUAUGUGAGAAACAAUCUGGAUGGAACAAUUGCAGCGGAACAACAAUUCCCAAGUUCGUUUGGGUUUUGGAUCCCAUUAAUGGUGCUGAGGAGAGACUCAUCGCUAGCUGUAGUUCACAAUGGGUCAAGACUACUAGAAACGGAGACCGUGUGAAGACACGAGCUAGUGAACUAGAACAAGCAUAUGUUGACAUCAAGGACUCCGAUUACAACAAAGAUGCCAAAUACGCCUACAACAGGUUGGCAUACAAGGUUGGAGAAACCUUCUUCAGCAGCAACUGCAUUGCUAACUCUGAGUUAGCUGUUGGUAUGUUGCAACUCGUCGUUGAUUGUGCUGUUGAGCCCUAUGGUCUUCUCGGGCAAGUUCCUACAGUGGAGGGUGCUGGAGGAAUCAUAACUGACUGGCAAGGAAAUCAACCUUCUCCAGCGUCUUCCAUUCCGCGAAAUUCUUUCAAGGUUGUUGCUUCUGCUGACUUAACAAACUCACCAACAGAUCAUUUCUGA